UUCGGGGGCGAGGCCUUCCGCCAACCAUCUCCGCUCCAACAUGGCUACACGACUGUGCAGCAUCUCUGCGGCGGCGCGGCGGCUGCUGGGGGGCCCCGGGCCCCGCACCGGGGACGUUGCGGCUGUGGCUGCGGCUGCGGCGCGGUUCUAUUCCAAGGACAAUGAAGGCAGCUGGUUCCGUUCUCUCUUUGUGCACAAGGUGGAUCCCCGGAAGGACGCCCACUCCACCCUGCUAUCCAAGAAGGAGACCAGCAGCCUCUACAAGAUCCAGUUUCACAAUGUGAAGCCUGAGUGUCUGGAUGCCUACAACAGCCUGACGGAGGCUGUGCUACCCAAGCUGCACCUGGAUGAGGACUACCCCUGCUCGCUUGUGGGCAACUGGAACACAUGGUACGGGGAGCAGGACCAGGCAGUGCACCUAUGGCGAUUCUCAGGUGGCUACCCAGCCCUCAUGGACUGCAUGAACAAGCUCAAAAGCAACAAGGAGUACCUGGAGUUCCGAAAGGAGCGGAGCCAAAUGCUGCUGUCCAGGAGAAACCAGAUGCUCCUCGAGUUCAGCUUCUGGAAUGAGCCACAGCCCAGAGCGGGCCCCAACAUCUAUGAGCUGAGAACAUACAAGCUCAAGCCAGGAACUAUGAUUGAGUGGGGGAACAACUGGGCUCGGGCCAUCAAGUACCGGCAGGAGAACCAGGAGGCAGUGGGCGGCUUCUUCUCGCAGAUAGGGGAGCUCUACGUUGUACACCAUCUCUGGGCCUAUAAAGACCUACAGUCUCGGGAGGAGACUAGAAACGCUGCCUGGAGGAAGAGGGGCUGGGACGAAAAUGUCUACUACACAGUCCCCUUGGUGCGACACAUGGAGUCUCGGAUCAUGAUCCCUUUGAAGAUCUCACCUCUUCAGUGAUGCUGCUGUUGGCUCCACGGCUUUCCCCUUCUCCCUCAGGGCAGCCAUGGACAGAGGAGCUCCCAGUCCAGCUGCCUUGGUUUUCUCUCAGAUUUGGGAGGACUCUGGGGACUAGCGCUCAGCUCAGACAAGGGGGAGCUGAAGGAUAACAGGGUUUUGAGCAUUUGUAGCUCUGCCCAGACCCUUCCCACUUUCCCCACUCCUCCCCCUGGGUUGGAGGCAGUUUUUAAUUUCUCUGAGUGAAGAACAGCAACCUUUUUUGUCUUCUCACAUUUCCCCUUAAGAUUCCUCAUCUCAAGGCCACCAGUCCUGUUGUCACCAUAGAAACCCUCAGUUUAGCUUUAGUUGCACAAAAGAUAGUGUUGCCAGUGGUUAGGGCUGGGGCGGGAAGGGAGGAUGUCAAACCAGGCCAGGCUCUCAGGAGUUCCCUGGUCUCCACUGGGCCACCUACUUGCUGGACAGUCUGAACCAAGUCCCUCUUGCUAGGGAAAAGCCUAGAGCUGUUUCAAGAUGUGAAGGGGAAAACCCUCAAGUUAGCAAAGUCAACAGGAGGUCUACAUUUUCCACCCAGAAAGGCUGGGAAAAGGGAGCUGGAAAGAAUAGGGGCAGGAAACAGAAUGGAACAGGAACAAGAACCUAGAAGGUAGAACUUAGAAUUCAAAACGAGGGUUUGAACUGCAGAACUUGGAAUCCAGCAUAGGGAAGAUAGAACAGAGGUGACAACAGAACACUUGGGAAGGAGCUCCUAAUACAAGACAGUUGGAGACAGGCUCAUCUGUUUAUACAUAAUUAGGCUGGAAACUUGAAUGUGUAGUUCCAGCCCUGCCUGUGCAGAGAAUCUCUUGUCCUCCCUUUUCCUUCUUGAAGGCAAAGGUACGGGCCGGGGCCUGAACUUCCCGUCCCUCCGCAUCCCUUUUCUCCCUCUUCACAUUCUAUCAGCCCAACCCUUUCUACUGGGCCACUGGGUAUGUGAAAUGGGGUGAGUGACUUUGGAAGCCUCCCCAGUGACCCCCCACACCUCAUGAACCUCUGGGUAGCUUGAUUCUGCCUCCCUUUCAGGAAAACUUGUGCUGGAGUUUCUGAUGGAAGCAAUUAAAUGUUUACUAUAAACCA